AUGGGUGGCUCAAUAUCCAAAAUGAUGAAGCAGAUCUUCGGCACCAAGGAGAUGCGUAUCCUGAUGCUGGGUCUGGAUGCCGCUGGCAAGACGACCAUCCUGUACAAGCUCAAGCUGGACAAGGAUGUCACCACCAUCCCCACCGUCGGCUUCAACGUCGAGACCGUCAUGUACAAGAAGACGCGCUUUAACGUGUGGGACGUCGGUGGACAGGACAAGAUCCGCCCUCUGUGGAGACACUACUUCUCUGGCACCCAAGGUCUCAUCUUCGUCGUCGACUCCAGCGACCGCGACCGUAUCGAGGAGGCUCGCAGCGAGCUGUCCCGCAUCAUUGCCGACCGUGAAAUGAAGGACGCCCGUCUUCUCAUCUUCGCCAACAAGCAGGACGUCGGCUCUGCCAUGAAGCCCGAUGAGGUUAAGAACAAGCUGCAGCUGGAUAAGAUCGCCAAGGACCACAAGUGGAAGAUUGAGCCCUCGUGCGCCACCACCGGCGAGGGUAUCUUCGAGGGUCUGGCUUGGCUCUCUGAGCAGAUUAACACCCAGCCCAACUAA